CAGCUGAUCAGUAGAAACCGGAAGCUGAGGGGAAGUUUAGCUCCGAUGUUUCGUACCCAGUGUUGAGUCUUCUGACGCUAUUUAAACCUUUUUUUGAAUAAAGUAAUUUCUCUGAUUAAAUGUGUAUAUCACGGUUAUCUGGGUGUUUACAGCACUGAGACGGAGACAUGUUCGCUGCUGACGAUGAAGACGGAGAUUUCAUGUCUCCUACAGGAGGGGCGAAAUUAGCCUCUCUGUUCAGCUUGGACCAGACGUCCAGCCAGGCUAACGAGUCGUUCCAGUACACGGCCCCCAAACAGCCUCGUAAGAGCUCAGGUCCACCUGCUCAGAAAGCCGCUGCUCCGCCCGGGUCACCUGCUGUGCUCUUCGCUACCGCAGUUCAAGCUUACAGAUAUGUUAAUGGACAGUAUGUGAAGCAAGGAAAGCUGGGAGCUGCAGUGUUGGGAAACCACGCAAACAAAGAGUAUAAGCUGCUGCUGUACGCCAGCCAGCAGAAACCUGUAACGGCGGCCAGGAUUCACUCAACCUUCUCCUUCACUGUCCAGCCCAGUAACUACUGCACCUUUUAUGAUGACCAGAGGCAGAACUGGUCUCUCAUGUUCGAGUCAGAGAAAGCAGCCACAGAUUUCUGCAAAGAGGUGUCUUUGGCUAAAGCAAACUGUUCUUCUCCUCUGGAGAUGCUGGUGACUCAGGACCUGCUCCUCGGGGAGGGUCAGGGUGUGGAGAACGGAGACUCUCUGGAGGUGGCCUACACCGGCUGGCUACUGCAGAACCACACCAUCGGCCAGAUGUUUGACUCUAAUGUAAAUAAGGACAAGCUUCUGAGAAUGAAGCUCGGUGCUGGAAAAGUCAUCAAGGGCUGGGAGGAGGGCAUGCUGAACAUGCGUAAAGGAGGACGCCGUCUCCUUGUGAUUCCCCCGGCUCUGGCGUACGGAUCUCAGGGCGUCCCGGGCCGAAUCCCUGCAGACAGCACUUUGGUGUUCGAGGCAGAAAUUCGUAGAGUGAAGUUUGCUAAAGACGCCGGCUCUGAGAGGACAGCCGUGAGCUCCAGGGACACCGCUGUCCCCUCUCCUGCCCCCAGUGUGGAGAGUCUAGGGCCAGAUCUCACCUCAGCAGCCAGCAGAUCAGGUGAACCACCUCUAAGAGCUAAAUCCAACUCCCUGAGUGAGCAACUAGCAAAUCCAGACGCGACCAAAGCCAAGCUCAUUUCCCGCAUGGCCAAGAUGGGUCAGCCCAUGCUGCCCUUCCUCGCUGGCCCGGCAUCAUCACCCUCGCAAGCCGAGUCCAGCGACUCUGAACUGGAGGAUCCGAGUGUGUCCCGAUUGAAAGAGCGUCCUCCUGCACCUUCCCCUCAGCCUGUCCACCUCACCGCUGGUCCUUCACCUUCGCUGCAGGCAACAGCUUUAAUGCCUGUUUCCUUGGCAACGGCCAAUCCCCAGCCUGUGAUACCUGUAGCAGGUCAUGGCUUCCAGCCAUACUCUUACAGUCAGUCCACUACGGCUCCAUCUCACUUACAACCAGUGGGGCAGAUGUACCCCUCACAGACCGUGCCUUACCAGGGAAGUGGCGAUGUCACAUCCUUUUUGAUGACGGAAGCCCGUCAGCACAACACCGAGAUCCGAUUGGCCGUGGGCAAAGUGGGCGACAAAGUGGACCAAUUGGCUGCCAAGGUUGAGGAGCUGCACAAACAGGGCGGGCUCUCACUGGGCUUGUCCAAUGUCUCCAUGGAUACGGCGAUGAUCAUGAACACCAUCCAGCGCAUCAUCCAGGAAAACGAAUGCCUGAAGAAAGAGGUGUUUGACAAGAGCUCGCGCAUCGAAGAGCAGAACCGCAAGAUCGGUGAACUCAUCAACCAGAACCAGAGGUACAUGGAGCAGAGUAACAUGCUGAUGGAGCAGCGGAACGACUCUCUGAAGAACUCGAGUGAACAGAACCAGGCUCGGAUCCUGCAGGCGGAACAGGAGAAGGCGAGGUUAACAGACGAGUUGGCCAGCUCUACAGCACGGGUGUCAGAGCUGCAGUUGGAGCUGACCGCACAGCGUCAGAAAGCGGUGUCUCUGCAGUCGAGCCUGAACGCCGCCCUGCAGGAGGGACAGCAGCACGGUGCCAAGCUCACAGCUACGGAGAACCAGCUGCAGGAGAUGAAGGAGUUAGCAGAGAGAGUGCAGGCGCAGUACAAAGCCGAGAAGCAGAAGCGGAAGGAGGUGGAGCUGAAGCUGAGUAACCUGGAUGAAGAGCUGCAGGACCUGAAGAGCGAGAAAGAGAGUCUGGAGCGGACUCUGGUGGACAGGAAGAGGAAGUGGCAGGCAGAGAGGCAGCGCUGUGAUGAGGAGUUGGAGGAGGUGAGGAAGAGCAGUCAGAUGGAGAUGGACCAACUCCGGAGUCAACUUCGUAAAGCCCGGACCAACACGGACCAGGCGGCUGCUGAGCAGUUAGCACAGCUGCAGGCAGAUGUGGAGCGUGAGUGGCAGGCGAAGUGUGAGAGAGGUCUGGCCUCAGCACGAGAACAACAUAACAGAGAAGUGACUGAGCUCACAGAGCAACGAGACACACUGCAGCUGAAACUCACACAGCUACAGGACAAGUUCUCCGCUAUGAAGCAGUCCCGAGAGGAGGAGGAGCAACGGUUACUACAGCAACAAGAUCAAGGGGAGGAGCUUCAGGCCCUGAGAGAUAAGUGUUGUGAGCUGGAGAAGAGGGCGGAGUCACUGAGGCAGCAGGGGGAGGCGCGAGUUUCAGAGCUGGAGAGGAAACUGGUAGAGCAGCGGCAGCACACGGACACUACGGGAGAGGUGAAGCGUGUGAUGAAUGGAGUGUUCCACUCUUUACGGGGCGAGUUUGAGCUCAAUGAGACGUACACCGGCAGUGUGGUCCUGGGCGUGUUGGUCAACACUAUUAAGAACGUCACCCUGCAGCUGCUCUCAAAAUCCGAACCGUCCGCAACCAAGGAGAAAGAGGAGGAUGAAGAUGAAGAGGAGGAAGAGGAGGACAGGAGGAGUGAAGCGCAGUCUGAGGAGCAGGUGAAACGAGCCCAGGAGGUACAUAUGAACGGAAAGAAAGAGGAUGUAGAGGAGGAGGAGGAAUAUGGCCAGGUGAAAGUGACAGAGGAGGAGAACAAGAAGGAAGAGAAGGAUGGACAGGAACUUGUCAGAGGUAAAGAGGAAGAGAAGGUUGAACAGGAAGUUGUCUGUGUUAAAGAGGAAACGAAAGGGGACGAGGAAGUCGAACAGGACGGGAAGGACACAGGGAAGGAGUCGGAUCACAUCGAAGCAGACGGUGAGAACAGAGAAGAGCCCGUGCUCUCUGACGUCACAACACAGAUUCAGACGCAGCAUGAUGUCACUCCCGAAGAGGAAGCGAGCGCAGGUGACGUCACACCUGGAGAGGAAGUAGUGGCUAAGAGUGAGUGUCUGUCAGAAGAAUCGGAAGGAACCGUUCACAUCGGACCCCCGAAGAACCCACCACCACCCCCACAGCCUGCGGACAAGAACGGUAUAGAAACUGCAGCUCAGAUCAGCAGUCCAUCUGAACGGGCGGAUGAGGUGAAUUCGGAGGAGCCGUUUUUCCAGAGUCCCGCCAUAAAUAAACCCCCACCACUACCAACCAGCGAGGAAGAGGAAGAGGAGGAGGAGGAGGAGGAGCUGAGUUUAAAAGGACGGCCCCCUCCCACCCCCCUGUUCGGAGACGACAGCGAUGGCGAUGAUCUGGACUGGCUGAGCUGACCUCUCUCUCUCAACCAAGAACCAAAACCACCACCACCUCCGGCUGUCUCCCAGGUAACGGUUCCUAGAGGAGAGCAGACAACAUGGAGACGGAACUCGUGAGGGCAGAAGGAAGCGGCUAGGCCGGAGUCUGAGGCUCCUCCCCUUUUCCUCAAAAUCUUCAUUGUUGAGCAGCACUUCAUGGACUUUUUUUUUUUUUACAAAUAACUCAGAUGUAUCUCUCAAAUUUCCAGAUUUCAAUCGUAGCGUGAAACGUGACCAUGAAAUGAUUA